UCCUCUCCACUCUCCUUCUUUUUAAUGGCUAUGGCUACGUUUCUCUCCCUCCCGCCUCCCCAGCCUCUUCUCCUCCCUCGCCUCCCCACUCCACCUUCCCGCGCUCAUCCCAUCCUGAUAAAACCACUCCACACAUCCACUAUCUGCUCCUCCUCCUCUUCGUCUCCUAUCGUCGCCGAGGAAGAAGAAGAGACCUCCUCCGCUCUCCCUCCUUCUCCACCUGAUGGGGUCUCCUCUGCCGAAGCCCAACCGGCCGUCGACGCCACAGAGGCCCUUCAAUUCAGGGGGUGUAAGACCUGUGGAAGAGAGGAAAUUGAAAGGGGUUGCAAUGGUGAUGGGAGGAUUCAAGGUGGCAUAGCUACUGUCCCUGGUUUUGGUUGGUGGCCCAUAAAGGCCUUCAGGCCCUGCCCUGGAUUUGUGGCAUCUGGUGGGAGAUAUAGGCGGCGUGGACAGAACAUGGAUGAGGUUGCAUUCGGGAGGGGAGAAAGAGAGAUGCCCACAGAAGGCAUGGCUAAGGCUAAAUCAAGUAAAAGAAGGCAAGGCUCGAAGAGAUUAAAGGGGUGAAAGCAGAUUUAUUGCAGGCAAACAAUUCAAAGGGCUGGGUGAAGAAACAGUACCAUCCUGACUUUAGUUGCAAGCUACCAAUUAUACUGUCUUUUAUUUUAUUUAUUGUUUCUAUUUCCACAUGCCUAUGAGCUUGAGCUAGUUGUGCUCUCAGCAUGAGCCUUGCUGCACUUGUUAUGGAAGAGUGCAACAUCGCAGUUUUUCCUUUUUCUUUUCCUCGUCUUCUUUUCCCUGUUAAGGAGCGUACACGAUAUGAUGGUUUCAAGAUAUAUACACUUGCUGUAUAGGAAUAUUGUUCUGGCUGUAUAGGAGUAUUGUUUUGGAGAUUGAUCAACUUUGGGCAAAUCCCUUCUUUAUUUUUC